AUCUGGAUGUAAACGUUCCACGUUUAUUAGAUCAAUUAUAAUUUAUAAACAAUGCUGUAGAUGAGCAGAAUUCAAAAAUCACACGCCUGAUGUUAUAUAUAUAUAAUAAAAUGUCACAAAUAAGAAUACUCCACGUUUAAUUUGUUUAUACUGGGUGACAUGACAUGAAUGAUGAAAAUAUUGAAAUGGAAACAAGAAAUAUGAACGAUAAAUGUGAUACCAACUCGCAUACAGAAGGUGUAUCGAGUGUGUUGCGUGACAAUAUUUACGGAUGUGAUUUAAUGCUGUGCCUGUUCUUAACGGCACUUCAAUCAUAUCGAGUUGAUACCUGCUUGAGACCAUUUCCGUCCAGGUACAUUCAUGAUUCGCACAAAGAUGUGGAUUCUUUGAGAAACCUAUGUGAUAAAAUACCUUCUUUAGAAACGAUUUCAAAAUAUCCACGGAUGUGUUCAGUAGAAAUUUUGGAGCUCUUAAAAUGGUUGCUGUGCCAAAAAGAUCACCUAAGUCUGCGUAAAGUUAAUUUUAACAAGGUAAAGGUUCCUACGACUAUAAAGAAAUGUUAUCAACCCUAUUAUACUUACGAAGUGAUAUAUCCAUCGAAAACUGAAGAGGCUUGGCAAAAAAGGAGGAACGAUCGAAAUUCGUUCUUAGCCUACCAUGGUAGUCAAUUAGAUAAUUUUUAUUCGAUACUAAAAGUUGGACUGCAACAUAAUCUCAGUGGAGAUAAGGCGUUGCUGUUUGGCAAAGGAAUAUACGUAACUAGUGAAAUAACUAUCAGCAUGUCUUACGCUCCUUUUGGCCUGUCCUGGAAAAAUAGCAUGUUGGGUAACAAAAUUAGUAUUAUUGCAGUUUGCGAAGUCAUUAACAACCCCGAAAAGGUGAAAUGUAAAGAGAAAUAUACACAGCGAACAAUCCAUGGUGAUAUCCCAGACAAAUACUUUGUAGUAACUGAUAGUGAUAUGAUAAGAUUGAAAUACUUAUUUGUGUAUAAAGAAAGUACAGUUGCUGUAAUUGAAUCCUGGCUAGUAAGGAACCUAAUGCUUGUCCUUAUUUGUUUGUAUGUCUUCAUUCUGUUUUGUAUCGGAUUUUUCCAGGGGCCGACAUGGCGAAAAGUACAAAGAUAUUUGUAUAACGAACUGCUUUCAGAUGUGUUAACCUGAGCCUGCAAUUUUCUAUUUCAACUGCCACCAAACUUUUUAUUAAUAGCUUUAUUGGAUGUGACUAUCAUUUUUUGUACAUCAAGUCAUUAUCAAAGAUGUUCGCAAGGCCAAUUGCACCACUUACACUUAAAAAGUCGUGUAACCAAUCAAUGUCAUCUAAAACUAAAACUGUGAUGAAAGAUUUGGUUGUUUAUAAAUCAUUGAAAUAAAAUCACAUAGUUUCCUAUUUGUACAAGAUGUUAAAUAUUAAGUUUUGUAUAACAAUAAUGUAAAUAUAUUUCUUUGUACUUAA